GGAGAGUCAAAUGCGACGAGGUGCAGCCUAUCUGUGGCGCAUGCGCUUUUCGCGGUGAAACCUGUUCAUAUCCUCUAUCAGCACUCUCCACUCCUGCGCCUUGCAGGUCUUCUCGACGUUCAAGCUCUACAGCAGACCUCUUGCAACCAUUGGAAUUCUGUCACCAACGACAGUCCACGGAAUCCCCUCUACUCGACCAAAAUAUCAAUCUAGCCGACUUACGACUCCUGUCAAGGUUCAUGAUGCACACUUCAAAGAGGAUGACCCUCAGUGCGACACGCAGAUAUAUUUGGGAACAGGUGAUCCCAGAUAUGGCGACCAAAAAAGAGUAUUUGAUGCAUCUACUCCUCGCUCUCUCGGGCGAGCAUGUUCUAUAUCAAGCCCACAUGACGGAAUCAACCGCCUUAGGCAUAGACGAUAGUCCGUCUUCCUUGGCCGCCUGCAGCCAACGCGAGCUUCAGCUUGAGUAUCACCGCGUCAUUCAGCAUCAUCAAAGGGGCCUCGAAGGGUUCCGCCAGGCCUUGACUGAUAUGUCUCCCGCUACCGCAGAAGAAGUCCUCUGCGGCGCCCUUCUCAUCGUCGCUAUUUCCUUUGCUUCAAUAUCUACCAGAAAUCAAGAUUGCACCGCCUGGCCGGGCUUUAGCCAAGCGGACAAUGACCAGAUCCCGUACAUCGACUGGUUGCAUCUUGUCCGCGGCCUGACAAGCAUAGUUGAGGGGCACUGGUUCACUCUCAAGCGCGGACGACUGCGGACCAUGUUGCUCUACCCGCACGGCAACGACGAUUGGAAGGCGGCUAUGCCGGCCAUUUCCUCAUCGCAAUUUCCCCGCUUGAGGUAUGCCCCGAAAGUCUUCCACGUGUUCGCCCAGGGUGCCUGCCGAGCCCUUCAAAUGCUUCGCAUCUUUGCAGAGACAUUGUCUCCAAGCCAAGAAGCCACGGUGUCCAUUGAUGGAGAUAGCCUCAGCAGACUUCAGCAGACCGAUCACCACGACCAACCAACACCUAGUAAAGUAGUGGAUGACAGUUCACAGCCCGACCACGAACAAGAUGAGUACCCACAACACGACCACCUCCACGCCAUCGACAGACUAGAAGAGAUCUACAUGCGCAUCCUCUACGCCCUGCAAUUUUCGCGGAGUGAGCGUGACUUCCCCGCGUCCCUCGACAUUCAGAACGACAUCGAAGACAGCGCCGUGAAUUCCUGGCCUUGUAUGCUUUCGGCUCGCUUCUUUGACAGCCUCCAGAGUUCCGCUGUCGACCACCUGGGGAUCGCGGAUGGGUUUUCGUACACGAUCCUAGCCCAUUUCUACCUUGUUUCAAUCCUAUUUCAAGAUGUGUGGUACCUGAACAGCGGCUUUCGCUCGGAGAUUAAGAAGAUUAUGCGGCUGGUGAGCCGACUAGAGAACGAGGCACUAAGUGGUCUAUUGACGUGGCCCAUGGCCGUCAUUGCGGAGUCUCGAUGA